UUUUUUAAAGGGACGUUAUUGAGCAUAGGCAAGAUAAAGGAUUGUCUCAAGAGUGAAGCUGACUUGUCGCCUCCUCUAAGUCAUGAAUCUGAGAUCUGUGAGUGGGUGUAUGAUGAGGACUGUUUGUCUGAUUCUGCUUUGUGUUCACUGGGCUUCAGCUGCAGCUGAGCAAGGAGAAACUUCACUCAACAAUAACUCCUUACAAACAGAGCCCAAUAGACAAAGUCUGGACCAGUGUGAACAAUAUUUCCAAAAUGGUCAGGACAUCUGUGCGACAACAAGGCUGUGUUGUCAGAACGGGGUGGAUGAAUACGGAUGGAUCGCUGCUGCAGUCGGUUGGAGUCUCUGGUUUCUCACCCUCAUCCUUAUUUGUGUAAAUAAAGUAGAUAAACUCAGGCCUGAUGAAUCUGAGAAGUACCCUUCAUCUUGAGGCACAGGAAGCGAAGUGAAACGCAAAACUGGAAUGGAGUGAAAGGCGGGAAAAGAGUGGCAAUCAGCUCUGAUCAACUCAGGAUGAAUGAGCGAUGUUUCAAGUAUGGUUUGCACUCUGUUGACUGUAGCCUUUCUCUGGGUUUAUUAUACCCCUGUCAGCACACUGCAGCAAAGAAAUGGCAUGUAACCAAAGCAAGACUCUCUUUUAGAUUAGAUUACAUACAGUGUGGAAACAGGCCCUUCGGCCCAACAAGUCCACGCCGACCCGCCGAAGCGCA